UUGUCUUCCUCGGAGUUGGAGAAGAAGGAGAGAAGGAGGGAACAGAACAGACGAGCGGCACAGAGAUGUCGCUCCAAGAAACGCAUGAACCAGUUCAACGUUAUACAGAAUUUUGAACGUGUCCUGGAGCACAACAGGGACCUGAGACGGGAAGUCAUGUCUUUGAGGCGGGAACGAGACACCCUGCAGAAGACUCUUGACAGGCAUAAGCUUCACUGUCCUACUUUUGUAGAAGUUAAAACGGAGCCAAUGGACGAGGCGGAGAACCCGGAGGGCGGCGAUUCCACAUGUACGGCGUCUGCCGCAUGCGCCAGCAACAGACACGGCCACACGCCGGACGCCCAGCACCGAGCUAUAGGUGGAUCUCACUACCACACUCCGUCACAGCCGAGUCCUCUCCUAUUCUCGUCGCCGCCCGCUGGAGCCGAUACCCCAGUUCACGCGAACCGUGCCUUGCGAGAAUAUGAAGACUACCCCCCGUUUGUUCCUCUGCCUGGCAUUGGUAGUCUGAAAAAAGAGUCGCAGCAGUCACCUGUACCAACUCACCAGCAGUUGAGCAUUCAGGUCCCCAAUCCGGGGUCGAGUCUAGGUGGUGUAGCUGGUGUUGACACUUCCGGUAUCCAUCAUCCUGGUCAUCAACACAAUUCUCAACAGCCCCAACAGUCACAGCAACAGCUUCAGCUACAGCAGCACACAGAGAUGGGAGGAUCCCUGCAACACAGCUUGCCAUGGUGCUCCUCGCCGCAACGUCUAGGACAACCAUUGCCACAGCAACAGUUUAGAUCAUGUGUCUAUGAGAACAUGCCCCCUAGCACACGAGCCAUAUCCACCUGUGCUGAAAUUCAGCCUCACCAAUACAACCAACGACAACAGCAUCAUCAACAACAACAGCAACAGCAACAGCAACAUCAUCACCACCAACAACUGAAUUUGCCACCCUCAAUGGCCGCUGACAUCAUGUCGUGUAGCCCAAAUCACGAGUACGGAAGUCCAUCAACCCCUCGCCAUUUACAAACUGCCAUUUCUCCUAAUCCAUUUCCUAGUAUCAAGAACGACAUCGUUGCCAUUUCUCCAAGCAGUACUUCUCAAGUCACGCCGCCAACCACACCCACUCGUAGGAGCCAGUACCCGGGCAUCUGUCGCUUACUGCAGCUCCCGCCUUCCCCCUGCAAUAAGGCGAUUCCUACAUCUUUUGGCGCACCAAGCCCCGCCACUACACCUCAGCAUCUGGGCAACACCUUCAGCUCGGCCUCAACCAGUGCCCACAGUCCCGAGACCACCAGUAGCAGCACGAGCAAUAGCGGUGGUACCGACAGCAGUGUGAUGACAUCAUCUUCAAGCUACAGCGCCGUGCUAUCUCAUUACGAUGUGGGCGAGCACUGUCAGCGUCUCAGCUCCUCCUCUGCUGUCAGUCUAGGUACCCCGGACACGCCCCACUCGGAGGCGGAGAGAUUGCGACUCGGAAGCGAGUCGUCGGACAGUAGUCUGUUCUUGGAAACCUUGUCCGACUCCGCCCGAGAGCAAGACAGUCGCUCUGGUGAGGUGCCGGACAUGGACAGCGAUGACGUCUUCAUACUGAUGACAUCCGUGGCUGACACACCCACUACCUUGGCCGGUCAUGACGCAAACAACAACAGCAGUGCGUAUCUUGACCGCAACAGCAUUGCUGCGACGACUUCUACAACACGAGUGGCCGAACAGCCGGCUGUAGGCCGUCAGGCUGAGAUCACAACACGUCACUCUGACGCCACACGUGUUGUUGCUCAGGAUGAAGCUCUGGUUACCAGUGUACUUAACAACAGUGGCCAUAACGAGACCUCAAAUACAUCGUCACUGGGCAGUGGAAGUAGCAAUCCUUUGCCAGACGACAUCAACAGUCUCCUCAUGGACAUUGCAAAUAACGACCUUUUUUUCAACCAGAGUCCCCCUCCUCCCUUUAACAUGAGAGACUUCAUGAACUACACCCCUGAAGAUUGACAAAAGCCACCGGACACCAACAUGGGAGAACGAGUGUCUGUGGUCAAGCUUUAGUGCUUCAGCUUCAGAACGUAAAAAUUCAGCUCCCAGACUUUUGGAAAUAGCUUUUGUUCCGGGGUUUACAGGUGUGCUUCAUGACUCCUACGAAAUCCAAUUUUUCAAAUGACUCGAUUAUAUAGCCAUUGAACAGAUUUUUAAACAGUCGUUAACGUUGGCUUUGAACUCUAACCCGUAUGUGACUAGUCAACCGGGGUGCGUUCUGUGAAAGUUCGGACUCUUUGUCUAACACACGAAGGACUUGAGUUUGACUUCAAGACAGGUAAUAAUAUUUUGUCAAGCAUACCUGCCUUUAUAUUGCAAUACGUCCCACACAGCUUGUGUUGGCUCUGGUAGAUGAGGAACAACAACAUCAACCAGAACGAGAAUCAGAAAAA